CACAGGUUCGUCCUUUAAGCGCAUUCAAUUUCUCUAUUUCUUUCUCUAUAUAUAGAUAUACAUAAAUUUAUACAUAUACACAGACACCCCAUUUUAUCGUAGCUUGAGCAACUUAUCCGUUCGUGCCAUUUGCCAUAAAUUUUCUCAAUCCUGUCUGUGACAAGAAACGAAACCCUAGGUCCCUCGAUCUUCACAACCCCUGUACUGUCUCUGUUUCUACAAUCUAUUUUCAAUCAUUGAUUGAAACCCUUAAUUAAAGAUUGGGUUUUUUCGAAUAUUUUGAGCUCUAGGGUUUGUUCUGUGUUUCUAUUUCUCUAUCCCUCCACAUGGAUCUACAAUCGUUGAAGAAGGGUUUGGAUUUCUCUCCUAGAAAGAAGAAAUGGCUAAUUUUACUUGCUGCGUUUGGUUUCUCAAGUUAUGGUGCGUAUAAGGUGUAUCACUUGCCCUCUGUGGUCAGGAGGAGGAAGAGGUUUGUGAAGCUCGUGGGAGCCCUAAUUUCGAUAGCUGAAACUGUUUCUGAUUCCGCAGAGACGAUUGGUGUUGUCUCCAGGGACUUGAAGGAGUUUCUGCAGUCUGAUUCUGACCAAAUUCCUAAUAGUUUGAAGCAAUUAUCGAAAAUUGCUAGGUCGGAUGAGUUCUCGGAUUCGGUGAUUAGGGUUACCGAGGCUCUCACCGUAGGGAUUUUGCGGGGUUACAGAUUUCGCACAACCAACGAAGUUGAAGAAGGGGUGAAUUCUAGUUUUUCUGAUAGGAUUAUGGAUAGGCUUAUGUCUACGGCUGGUACUGGUUUUGUUUCGGUGGUUGUUGGUAGCUUUGCUAGGAACUUGGUUUUGGGUUUUUACUCAAAUGGCCAAUCACUUGACGGGCUGAAUGGUGACAACCAAGUUGGUGCAUCCCAUAUUAGGUCAAAUUCUUCAACUUUGCCCAAAUGGGUGAAUUUGGUGUGCAGGGACGAUUCUAAAGCACUCAUAGCUGAUUGCAUUCGAACAUUUGUGAGCACAGCAGUUGCUGUUUAUCUUGACAAAACCAUGGAUAUCAACUUUUAUGAUGAUAUGUUUUCUGGUCUGACCAACCCUAAGCACCAGGUCAAAGUGAUGGACAUUCUGGUUUCUGUUUGUAAUGGAGCAGUGGAAACACUUGUGAAAACAUCCCACCAAGUGUUGACGGCCUCAAAAUUGGAUGCUGAUUCAAUUUCAAGUUCUUGUUCGACUGUUGAUCGGAAGGAAUCAGUAACUAACAUAGGGAAUGGAUUUACUGAGCAAAGAGCAUCUUCCGCAAAAUUAAUAAAGAGGAACACAUCUAAUGGGAUUCAGGAUUGUAGUUGGGUGAAUACUGUUUCGUCGACAUUGGCAGUCCCAAGCAAUAGAAAGUUUGUGCUUGAUGUGACUGGGAGGGUGACAUUUGAAACAGUAAGAUCUCUUGUGGAAUUCUUCUUGUGGAGAUUUUUAGAUGGUUUCAAGAGAAGUCUUAAUGUAGUUCAUGAAGAGAUUGUAGACAGGGGACUAGAGGUUGUCAGAUAUGUUGGUGCCAAGUCUUCUGUUAUUGUUACCAUAUGCCUUGCCUUGUAUUUACAUGUUCUGGGUGGUACUAGGGUCUUGUUGCCUGCUUAAUUCCUCUGCCCUUGUGAAGUCGUGAAUGUAACGGUGGUGUAUAGGUUUCUUAUCAAAUUUACUUCUUUUGGGAUGGAUUUAUGUUUAUAUCAUCAUCAAUCUUAAUUGAAAUGCAAAAUGGGACCAUUAGCUCUAUCUUGAAUGCUGAUUUUAGGUUUUGGAAAUAUUUAGCUCUCAUGCCGGAUUGUGGAGUUUCACAAGAACAUCCUUUAUUGCCGUGAAAUUUAUGAACAAUAUGCUUGGAGGACUUCAACAUCAUUGCAAACAUUUCAAGAAGUCAUUUGAACAUCCAAGUAUGGACUUAAAAGAGGUCAUGGUAAUUGCCAAUUUUUUGGUCUCAUUGAAGAAAAAGUGAAAAUAUUCAGUUUGGGGGAGAAUUGAAAAAUGAUGACUGGCCUACUAGAACAGGCAUCUUGAUUACUCAGAAAUCGUCUAGGUGAGUGGUCUUACUGUUGAAACAGAAAUGAUUCCCUCUUUUCUCAUUGGGAAGACAGUGACUUCUUUUUGAAUUUGGGGGUUGGGGGUUAAGGGGAGGAUUGGGUUCUUUGUUUUAAAUUGUAUAAUAAAGAAUACAAGCAGCAUAAUUUGUUGUUGAUGUUCUACGUACAUUGUAACUCAAGAAUGUGAUAUGUUGUUUCUCAUUGUUGUAACAGUCUAACUAUAUUAAAGCAAAAUAGAAUUUGAGUUGUUGGAA